GAUUUGUGACACGAUCCAAUCAAAAUCACCUCAAUGAAAAUCAGCUCCUCCCAUAAUGAUAAUAAGAUGUCAUGUAUAUUUCAUUUCCUUCUGAAUCUCUGGUAAAUCUGAAAAAAGUUAAUUCCCAUGCCAAUUAGGGUUCCUUGUAAAUUUCACUCUAUCCGUAGACAGCGUGAGAUUUGUAGAAAUUUCUAAAGUUACUUUGUCAUAUUAGUUUUGGAAACGACGAGAAGAAGGAUGGAUGUAGAUAAUUUUAAAAAGCUUGACUUUUUAACUGAUGAAGUUGACGAUUUAACUUUAUCACAGAUCUGUGCAGAUAUGGAAACGGAAUACCAUGUAUUUGAGGGCAUUCAAAAUCUCAGUUUUUCUGAAAAUUUUGAUUUCGAUGCAAACCAAGGUCUUGGGGAAAACGGUUUGAAUUCAAUGGAUUUUGAUAUCGGGGAUUUGAGCUCUUUAAUGGAAACGGAAUGUGAAGUAAAGAAAGAACUGAAAGAGAGCACUAGGUUUGGACCGGUCGUCAAUGAUGAAGAAUUAAAAUGCCUUGUAGAAAAUCAGGAAAAUAAAAAUACUAAGAGUAAUACAAAAUGGGCUGUUAACGUUUUCGAAAGUUGGCGCGAGCAGAGAGCUGGGGAUAUUAUCGAGCUUCACUUGAUGGAUACGAAAACAAUGAACCAUUGGCUAGAGCGUUUUAUCGUGGAAGCGCGCAAGAAAGACGGGGCUGAAUACCCUCCAAAAACUCUCUAUCUCAUUUUAUGUGGACUAUUGAGGCACUUGAGACAAAAAGGUGUGUACGAUAAAAAUUUUCUAGAUGAGAAGGAACUAUCUUUUGUCGGGCUAAGAAAAGUUUUAGACGCGAAAAUGAAAUCGCUCGUGGAUAGAGGCGUGGGAUGCGAGAUCCGCCAAGCUGAUCCUAUAUGGCCUGAAGAUGAGGAGAAAUUGUGGCGAGAAAAUGUUUUUGGGAAAGAAAACAGUGAACAAUUACAACACACGAUGUUUUUUUAUUCAUGUAAAUUGUUUGGUUUGAGGGCCUGCGAUGAGCAUCACAAAUUGCAAUGUGAACAAUUUUCCAUUGGAAACGAUAUCCAUGGACAGUUUAUCCAAUUUGUUGGUAGAACAUCAAAAACCUACAAGGGCGGUUUGGGUCAGAUGAAUUUACAGACAAAGAAUCUGAAGCAUUACUGUGAGCCUGGUGAUCGGUGCUUAGCAGAAUAUUUUCAGAUAUACCUUGAUGCGUUAGAUGGCACGGGGCCAUUUUAUCGGCGUCCGCUUCCCGGAACCUCCGAAAAGCCUGUGCGUUACGGGACACAGGUUGUAGGCAUAAACAAACUGAAAACGUUUAUGAAGACAAUAUCGCAAAAAGGAGGACUACAAGGGAAUUAUACCAAUCACAGCGGAAAGAAAACGUGUGCUACGCAGCUGUACAAAGAAGGUGUACCCGAGGCAGAAAUCAUGAAUGUUACUGGUCAUAGAUCAGAGCAAGGCGUAAGAAAAUACAUGAAAAGCAAUGUACAAAUGAAAAAGAGCAUUUCUAAAAUCUUGGAUCCGCCCACAAAACAGGAAUCUCAGGAAGCGUCUUCCGAUCAGCCUACUGGUAGUAAAAGAGCGCUGUCUCCAUGUAAUACAGAUCGUUCUGAAGGCGACGCAAAAAAAUUGUGCAGUGAAAGUAAUCGUGCUCUGCGGGAUUUAACAAACACGGCAUCGGUGUUCCAAAAUUGCCAUUUCAACUUUUCUUUUGGAUCAAAUUAAUUGACUAUGUGUGAUUUUGUGCAUCAGUAAAAGUGAAUAGUGCAUAGAGAAGUGUUAUACAAUGUAUUGGAAAGCAUUUUUUUUUAAAAUUCGUUUCUUUUGGAUUAAAAGUGACUGGCCAAAUGUGAAUGGAAUAAUUAUCUUGAAUUCAUAAGAGUAAAGGUUUUGCUUUUUUCAGGAAAUGAUUUUGUUUAAUUCCAAGCAGGAAAAAAAAUAUGAUCAAUUGAUUUUGUUAUUUUGAAAAUUUUUGAGCAAUUAAAAUACUGAAAUUGAAUCAGAUUUAUUUUCAGACUGUGCUGUAUUUUAGAUACAGAAUUGUUGGGAAAUACAAUACGGUAUACAGGGCUAAUACAGAACGGAACGUAGCUCCACCCACCAUAGUCCCGUUCUGUAUUGCUAAUACAGAAUAGU